AUGUGGCGCGUCGAGAUGGAGGUGGCUAAUUUGACUCAGGACCAGCCACAGCCAACAGGAUCUAGGAAACCCCCUCCUGGACAGUUCCACACCGAUUCGAUUCCUUGUUUUCAAAAGCAAAAGUUGGCAGAAGUAGGCAAACAACGUGAUUUAUGCCAGCAAAGCCGCAAAGUCAAAGCAAAGCCACGUCUAAUGCCUGGAGUGAUCAUUUCCGAAGAGUGCAAGGGGGACUCGUACGCACCGCCACCGCCGACCGGGGUGCGUCACUUUCACAGCCAAUCACAAGCCGUCCCGGACCAUUUGUGCCGUGUUCCCCAUACGCUAAAGCCACACAUGUCUCAUCAGCAACCCGGAGACUCCGGCGACGAGGUCCAGCCUUAUCGUAUCCGUGUAUCAAGCAAGUAUCUUGAUAUCACGCGACAGAAACUAGAGCUUACCCGGCUGCCUCAUGAGCCUCAUUCAAAAGAUUGGUGGGAGCCAAAGCCUCAAGUUGAGUCUCUUGUUGACUUUUGGCAAGAAUCAUUCUCAUGGCAGAAUCACGAAGAAGAGCUGAACCAAACUCUUCCCCAGUUCAGAACAAGUUUUCAAACUUCCACUUCAUCAACGCCAGUCCGGCUUCAUUUCAUUCAUGCCCGCUCUCCUCACGCUAACGCUGUUCCUUUGCUCUUAAUACCCCCUUUCCCUUUGACCAACCUGUCGCUGGGUCACCUGGUUCAGCCCUUAAGUGAUCCUGAAGAUGCUGGUACAAACCAGCCGUUUCAUGUUGUGAUUCCGGCCUUGCCUGGCCUGGGUUUCAGCGAUGCUGUUCCUUCUGAUGUACCUCCUAUUUCUACCACAGCUCAGCUACUGGACAGCUUGAUGAAGAGAUUAGCCUACGAGCAUUACGUUGGAAGUAACGCCGGCUCUGCUUCAAUUUCGCCUGCUGCUAUUGAUUGGAGACUGGCCAGGCACCUCUCAAUUCACUAUUCAGAAUCAUGCCUGGGGUUUCAUUUUAUUGCACCUCCUCUGACAUGCCCUACACUCUCGGACUCGGCCAGUCAGUGGUUAAAAUGGAAACUUGCUCGACUCUUAGGUUCUUCGGUUCUGGGUUACUCCAAGGACGACCUCUCAGCUAUACAGAAGCAGAAGACGCCGCAGUUAAGCAAGAAGAAGUCGGCUGUUAACCUGGGACAGCAUAGUCGCAGCGACUUUGAACCGAACACGCCGUCAUAUGCGCUGUGUGACUCUCCGACUGGCCUCCUCCUCUAUGUGCUGAAACUACUCCGGACUCUUGGUCCCAAGAAGGAACUUACACCUAAAGACAUCAUCACUCUCACUUCUCUCAUAUGGCUACCUGGCCCUGAGGCUGCUCUGCGAUUCUGGGCUCAAUGCGCGUCAAAGAUCGAGCCUGUGGAGGAAAAGAAGACGAGUAAGAAACCCAAGGUUGCCAUUACCGUUUUCACUGGCGACGAGGAUCAGGUCGAGCAGCAAAGAACGCUCCCACGACCUGCAAAGACCAUGUACUCUUGCCCUGGCUGGGCUAACAGGGAGUACCAAAUCGUGCACCUGAACCGAGCCCCUGGAACUCCAGGUUUCUUGGCUUGGGAUCGACAAGAUGUGAUAGUUGAAGGAGUGCGCGGUCUAGUGAAAGCAAUAUUGGCAAAGGAUAAAAGGAUGCAAGUUGCUGGACAGCCUGGGGCCGUUCUUCAGGAUCAACUCGAAGUGCAGGAUGGCCGAAUAGCUCAAGCAGAUCUGUCUGGAACAACAGUCCAGGAUCCGAACGCUAGUCCGGGUGGUGAGAGACCUCCUAAAACUGAUACCUUAGAUAACCCCCUUGGUGCGCCACAAGGUGACCUAACCAGCUCCCACCCCUCGACUUCUAACUUCCGCAACAGCGAACACGACUUGACUCUGUCUAUAUGGGCACAUUGUAGACCUACGUGCCUUCUAUUUUUCCAAAACUGCCUUAGCACCGCCCAUCGUUUCCAGCGUGGCGACGAUGCGCUACGAAACAGCCCAUUUCUCUUAAUCGGCCCGCCAUCUCCCAACCUCAUACUCAUCAUGUCGAAUCGAUACGACCGACCUCACCGUGAAGGUAACGGCUAUGGCAACUUUGGACGCUCCAACGAUGACUACCGAUCCGGGUAUCAAGAUGGCUACGGCAGCGAUCGAUAUGCCACACCGCCUGCCACCCAACAGCCGCGACCACCACCCAGUCUUCGACAGAUGUCCUCCCGAUCACGCAUACCACAAGUACAAGCUCCACCACAACCAGCAGACACCCAUGCUGCGCGGCAAAUCACCGAGGUUAUCGACCAUAUAAAAAAAGAAUGGCCUGCAAUGUGUCAAGACGAUUGCGUCCCUGUUCAACUGGCGUUGCAGCUCCUCGACAGGAGCUCGGUUGGCCGCGCCCACGAAUACGCCCAGUUCCAGCAAUCACAUAACUACCUGCAAGAGUCGCUUAAGGGUAUCGUUCACGAACACCACCAGGGCUUCAACAGUUCUAUAGGUACAUUUCACAAAAUUCAAAGUAGCAUUCAGCAGUCACAGAAGCGAGUACGUGCCUUGAAGGAAUCACUGGCGAGUUCCAAAACAAGUCUCUGCGCGACGGAUCCUGAAUUAAAGAAGCUUUCAAAAUCAUCACAAGAGUUUGACGCCUUGGUGCAAACUCUUAAUGAGCUGGAUGACCUCCGAGCAGUACCGGAUCAGUUGGAGGCAAGGAUAUCGGAGAAGAGAUUCUUGACGGCCGUGGAAGUGCUUCAGAAUGCGUUGCGAAAGCUACGGAAGCCUGAAUUGGAUGAUAUUGGUGCCCUUACUGACUUGAGGAGCUACCUUGCAAACCAAGAGACUGCUCUGAUGGAUAUCCUUGUAGAAGAGCUACAUGAGCACCUCUAUCUCAAGUCACCGUAUUGCCAGGAAAGAUGGCAGAGCUUGGCCAAAACACAAGGCGCCGUCACCGAAGGCUUUGGUGAUAUUAAGCCCAUCGCCCCAUUUCACGUUAUUCUCGAUGCCAUUGACGUUGACAAGACGGUCAGGGAAGAUCCUAUGAAAAAUCCCGAAGCCGAUACAUUCUACUAUGUAGGACUGCUGGUGGAAUCUCUGAACAGGCUCGGACGUUUGCAAAAUGCCGUGGAGACUCUUAAGCAGCGACUCCCAGUUGAACUCUUUACUAUCGUCAACGAGACUAUCAACGAGGUGGAUCAAAGGCAUCCCAGCUCUUUACGAGGAGGAUCAGCUAGAGGCGAUGGUCUUCACGUCUAUGGAACACGUGAAACACAAAUGCGAGCAGAUGUUAUCUACGACCUCUUAUGGUCUCUAUAUGGCAAGUUUGAGGCAAUUGGAGAAGGUCAUCGUGUAUUCCACGAGUCUAUCAAGGUCCUAAUCCGAAGGGAAGGUGCUGGUAACAACAGUGCCCUGCUUGGAAGCUUCAAAGAGCUGUGGAAUCUAUACCAGAACGAGAUUAGAUCCUUGCUGCAUAAUUAUGUUACGACCGAUGCAGAUGUCUAUCAGUUCGACUCACCAAACCCAGGAGAUACGCUCCAUGGCAAGAAAGACAUACGAGAGCAUCUUUUCAAGUUUUCUGAAGCGAACACAAAGUCUGUUGAGAUGACGAGUGAAUAUGACGCAUUGGACAACAUCAUCCAGGAUGCCGUUCCUGGGCUAGGAUCUCGAAAGCAAGACAGAAAAGGGCGGAACGUCCAGGACGGAGGAAGAAGAGGAGCAGGAGCAGGAGCAGGAAGUGAUGGUCCAUUUGGAAACAGUCAUCAAACAACAGGCUCGUACAAAUCUCUGGUGGAACCUAGUGUCUUCAAUAUGAGCUUGUUACUACCGCCGACGUUAGUCUUCCUGCAGCGUCUCAAGAACAUCGUCCCUCCCGGUUCGGACCUGGCAGCAAGCACACUAACAACAUUCUUGGACAAUUUCUUGGUUAAUGUCUUUCAACCACAAUUGGACGAGACUCUCGCCAAAUUGAGCGACACCGUCUUUGGGGAGGCAGAUGCAUUCACGCAAGACCCGGCCUGGAGCCAGGUAGCACGUCGGCCUGUGUUCCGAGGAACAACAGCCUUUUUCGAGGUUGUGACGGCUUUCUGUCGUAUGCUGGGAACCAUACCACCAGACCAAGCACUCAGCUCGCUGAUUGUCACUCAAAUGAUGCGAUACUACGACCGCUGCUUCAGCUGGUUCAAAACGCUUGUCGUCAAAGCUCAGGACCCGGCUACCGAGAUUAGCAACGACAACCUGAGGUCAUCGGCACGAUUCUCUCUGGACCAGGGAGAGAUACAAGAAACAAUGAAGAAGCUUUUCAUGUCAGAAGAGAUGGACUGGGAAUUGGCCGAAAAGGAGAUACACCUGUUGAUGGAACUCACAGAUGAGCCGCCGCUCGACUCAGGUGACAUCAUCCAGGAUCGAGAUUCCAUCUCAUCCCUGUGUCUAUUGUACACCAGCAUGAAGUGGCUUGCUGUUAAAAUUGCUGGCUUGCGGCAGAUCACAACGCAUGACACAGAUACAUCACGACAAAAUCUGCCUCGACAUUCGAGCCGAAGAUGGACUCUUAUGAACGAUACUGGCAAGACCGCAGGAGAAGAAGGCCCUGUGUCACUACCACUAACGCAGGAAACUGUGCAAGCGUUUGACAGCAUAGUGUCGUCCUUCGAAGAACUUGCAGGAACUGCGCUACUAACUCUCCACAUGGAGAUUCGGUGCCGCAUAGUUCAUUCAUUGUCCAUUGCCUUGUCCCCCAAGGUGGCACCCUACCUGCUUGACCAGGAAGUGAGUGAACCUGAUCCCCAGAUCUUGAGCCUCAACUCGGAAUUGGUAUUCUUUGACGAGACGAUCGUGAGGUACCUCAGAGAGAAGGAGAUUGCCUUUAUUCGAACGGGUCUGGGGCUGCUUAUAAACUGCUAUCUUGUGAGCAAUGCAUGCAAAGCGUCGCCCAUGAAUGACAAGGGCUGUGGGCGUAUGCAACUCAACAUUCUUGUACUGCAACAGAACCUCAAGAACGUGGAGGAAGGGGUGGACCUAGCGCGUGCAGCAAAUUACUUUUCGCUAUACGAACAAGGUGCAGACGCCAUUGUAGAGAAGGCAAAGGAGGACAAAGAGCAGCAACGAGGAACCAGCGCGCAGGACCCAGACAACUUUUCGUACGACGAGCUCAAGGCACUUGUCGAACUCUGCUAUAGUGAGGCUAUGGCAAAUCCUGAACGAGGAAUCGCCACUGCAGCCAAGCGACAGAUGCAGGACAAACUGCUCGGGCUGAGUGAGCACAUGUGGCAGACAUAG